AUGUCGGUUGUUUUAGUCUUUGCUUGGAAUCUAUCUAUCUAUCUAUCUAUCUAUCUAUCUAUCUAUCUAUCUAUCUAUCACAGUCUGUUGGUAUCCGUCUUUCAACGUAUCUGUCUGUUCGUACCUAUCUAUCUAUCUAUCUAUCUAUCUAUCUAUCUAUCUCUAUCACAGUCUGUUGGUAUCCGUCUUUCUACGUAUCUAUCUAUCUAUCUGUCUAUCUAUCAUAGUCUGUUGGUAACCGUCUUUCAACGUAUCUGUCUGUUCGUAUCUAUCUAUCUAUCUAUCUAUCUAUCUAUCUAUCUAUCACAGUCUGUUGGUAUCCGUCUUUCAACGUAUCUAUCUAUCUAUCUAUCUAUCUAUCUAUCUAUCUAUCUAUCUAUCUAUCACAGUCUGUUGGUAUCCCUCUUUCAACGUAUCUAUCUAUCUAUCUAUCUAUCUAUCUAUCUAUCUAUCUAUCUAUCUAUCACACAGUCUAUUCGUAUCUGUCUAUCUACGUGUCUGUCUGUUCAUCUAUCUAUCGCAUCUGUUCAUAUCUUUCUAUGUAUUAGUCUGUUCAUAUCUAUCUAUCUAUCUAUCUAUCUAUCUAUCUAUCUAUCUAUCUAUCAUAGUCUGUUGGUAUCCGUCUUUCAACGAAUCUGUCUGUUCGUAUCUAUCUAUCUAUCUAUCUAUCUAUCUAUCUAUAGCAGUCUCUUCGUAUCUGUCUAUCUACGUGUCUGUCUGUUCAUCUAUCUAUCGCAUCUGUUCAUAUCUUUCUAUGUAUUAGUCUGUUCAUAUCUAUCUAUCUAUCUAUCUAUGAAAUAUACAUAUCUCUCUCACUCUUUCUUUCUUUCUUUCUUUCUUUCUUUCUUUCUUUCUUUCUUUCCAUAUCUAUCUCUUCUUAUCUAUCCACAAACGCUUUGCCUUAAACUCGCAAAUUCCACAAUCAUUAUUUUCUUAUUUUCCUUCCGACUUUUUUCUUUUACUUUUCUUUCUUCUGUUGAAUAUUUCAAGUUAACUUCUCUUCUUUUUCUAAUUUCCUUCCAACCCGAAAUGAUUGCUUUUCUUCGGCGCUCUUAUUCACGUUAUUUCGCACAUCGAUUUUUUUCUUCAUUUUCAUGCUUUUUUUAUUUUUAUUUUCCGUUCUUGUUCUUGUUCUUCGUUUUCUUCUUUUUUCUUCUUUUUCUUCUUCUUUCAUUCUUUUUCUUUUUCUUCUUUUUCUUUUUUUUCUUCUUUUUUUCUUCUUUUUCUUUUUCUUCUUCUUUUUCUUCUUCUUUUCUUCUUUUUCUUUUUUCUUCUUUUUUCUUCUUUUUCUUCUUCUUGCUUUUCAUUUUUCUUUUAAUUAUUAUCUGCAUUUCUACAUCUUCUUCUUCUGCGGAUUUAAUCCACUUUUACAAUUUCUUUAAUUCCUUCCUGAUUUUCAAUCUUUUAAUUUACUUUUGGAUUCUUUUCUUAUCUUCUUCUUUUAUGGUUGACUUUCAUUCUUCAUUUAAUUAUCUUUUUGGAUUUUACUUUUUCUUUUCCUCUCCUUCUUUUAUAGUUGAAUAUAAUUUUCUUUUAAUUGCUAUUCUUCGUUUUCUUCCUGACUUUAAUUCAUAUCUUUGGUUUCUCCCUGAUUUUCAAUCUUCUUUUAAUUACCUUUUGGAUUGUUUCUUCUUCUUCUUCUUCUUCUUCUUCUUCUUCUUCUUUAUUUUUAUGUUUCAAUUUCAUUCUUUAUUUAAUUAUCUUUUGGAUUUUCCUUUUCUUCUUCUUUUUCUUUUUCUUCUGUUUUAG